ACUGGUUAGGAAGCCUAUUGCAUUGGGUGGUACUACUACAGUGAAUGUGGAAAUGCAUUUUGUAUGGUAUUGAUAUCUAAACCUCUGCCGGUAGAUAUCAUACUAUUAAUUUAAUAUUAAUUCAGUCAUAAAUGAUUUUGAAAUUUUUUCAGUGUACUGUAUUUCUUUAAUUUUUUGUAAAACCUCCAAUUUAUAAAUACAUUAAACCAUGCCUCCUCUACCACUGGGUGAUUUUCACAAAGCAGCAGCUUCUGGAGAUCUUGUAGCAUUGAAUGUCAUGCUAAAGGCUGGACGUAACAUUAAUGAAAAAGCAAAGCAGAACAGUUUCACUGCACUUCAUUGGGCAGCUUUCUAUGGGCAGUUGAAGAGUGUCCAGUGGCUCUUAUGGUCCAAAAUUGAUCCUUCAGUCAGUAGUUCACAAGGAUGGACCCCUGCACAUAUUGCUGCUAUCAAAGGUCAUUACCUUGUACUUGAGAUCUUGAAUAAUUUUGGAGUCCAGUUAGAUAAUCUGGAUAAUCGUGGAAACACUCCUCUACAUUUGGCAGUCACCCAUGGACGGCUUAAUUGUGUACUGACUCUAUUGAGAUGUGGAAUGAGUCACAAGAUUCAGAAUAAAAGGGGAUGGACACCAGUACAUACUGCUGCAUUUCAUGGACGAUACCCAUGUUUACAGGCUCUCUACAAAUGGGGUGCAUUUUUGAAUAGCCUUGACAAAGAAGGCAAUACUGCAGUUCAUCUGGCAGCCAUGGAAGGUCACGUGGAAUGCUUUCGCUUUCUCGUCAAGAACCUGCUAAAGACUGAUAUGCAACAACAUCCAUUAAAGGCUAGAAAUAUCAUAGGACUGACAGCACAGAUGUUGGCAGAAAAGUUUGACAGAAGAAAUGUUGUUGAAUGUGCAAUAGAAAUGGAAUCAAAUGAGGAAGAAACACCUCGUGAAGUUCAUGAUCCACCAUACCCAGCUCAUGAUGCAGCAUACCAUGGUGACCUUCCAAGAUUAAAGUUGUUAAUUGAACAAGGCAUUUGUGAGGUUGACGAAAGGGACAAGUGGGGUUCAACUCCUGCACAUAAAGCUGCUGGGCAAGGGCACGAAGAUUGUUUACGUUGGUUGGUAGAAAAAGGGGCUGACCUCAGAGCAGUUAACAACACAGGAGACACAUCACAAGACAUAGCUGUAAGAUUUGCUCAGUGGAGGUGUGCAAGACUUCUUGGUGUACCCAUAGAUUCAGAUGAAGAUGUUAUAUUGUCUGAUGAAGACGAACCAGAACAAUCUUGUAUAAACAAGGAAAAUAUAUUACAAGCCAGAGAAGUAGCAUUCACCCGAGUUCAGGAAAUACAAAGACAGCUUGAAAUUGCCAUAAAAAAUCUUCAAGAUUUAGGAGGAGAAGCUCCAGAAGAUAAAGAAAAUCAUAAAAAAGAACAAGUUAAACAAAAAUGUGCAGAAUUAGAAAAUUUGUUAGGACAAGAAAGAUUUCGAAGAGAAGAACUCGAAUCAGAGGUUGAUCAACUUAAACAGAACCUUAGUAAAUCUCAGCUGAAACUUGAAAAAGCAUCAAAAUAUUUGGCAUGGAGAAACAUGGAUAUGGAACCACAGUUACAUAAUGGGCAUUCUUUAACGUACUUUGCCCAAAGUCUCAAUAGUCUUCACCUUGGUGAUAGUGGUAUUACACUGUAUACAAGAUCUAGGCAUCCUAAUCACUUGGAGAAAAGACACCCUAGACGUUCAAAAAAAAAGUAAUUGUGGUUUUGUGACAUUUUUUAUAUAUUAUAUUAAUUUAAGUAAAAAUGGUAAAUGUAUUUAUGUACUUGAGAGGAUGUAAAUUUUGUUUCAUUGUAUGUUAUUUCUUGCUAAUUUGCAUUUAUAGUAACACCAUCUUUACCAUUUACAAAUAUGCACAUUUCCUUGAAACAAACAAAAAUAAAAUAUGUACAUACUGAUAAAGUAUUAAAAGUGUUUGAUUUAUGAAUUUUUUUAUGGUUUGAAUUUUAUGGUGUAAUGGCAUUGUAUUAUAUAAAUCAAAUAUGAAAAUUUUAAUAAUUUUGUUCAUCUUUUGUUUUUGAAAAUUAGGUAAGUUAUAAUUUUUCAGAUUUGAUAAAAACAAAUUGCUAGUAUAUUUUACAUUUACUUGGGAUCCAUGUAGUCAUAAUAUAAUAUCAGUAUAUGCAAGACAGAAUAUUUGUAACAAUCAACUGACAUUACUAUUUCUAUAAUAACUGAGAAUAUGUAUCUGAUUGACGUAACUUAACAUUUCAUCCCAUAGUAUUGAGUCACAUCAGUUAAAAGUUAUAUAUUGUAACUUUUACCUGAUGAUGACUCAGUUACUAUGGGUUGAAAUGUUGUAAUUAUUAAAAUA